AUGAAUUACAAUCCGUUCGCACGGACAAGAUCUCGGAACAACGGUGAACUGGAUGCUGAGACCGCAGCGAACGAAAUCAGCUCGGAUCAAUCUCACGAACGUCCGACUCGUGCAGAUACUGCCCCUGCAAUUCUGGAAACGCCCUCGAGUAUGCCGACUUUUACCAGCCCGUUCUCUGGCCCGGACGAUUCUCACAAACAUGUUCCUCAAGAAUCUGACCACCUUCCUGUGCGACCCGGGAUAGAGACUAUCAAGAAGAGGCAAAAGAUCAAGUCAUUUCUCAAAGAAGACAAGGCUCAAAACAGUGCGUUGAACCUAGGAGAUUUGGAGCCUGAAGAACGCAGAAUGCAACGCAAGAAACUAUCUCUAAGACGCAGGAUUCCCGUCGGUGCCCAGAUCGGGUUUCUUCUUUUUUACAAUUACAUUGCAACUAUCUUGUUGCCUUGCAUUCCCGCCGGAUUCGCUGUCAACUAUAUCCACACCAAUGCCGUCGCUGUGUUCUGUAUCAAUUUUGCUGCCAUUAUUCCUUCCGCAACCGCCUUGUCGGCAGCAUUGAAUGAUCUAAGCAUUCGAUCUGGUGACAAGCUAAUUUUGUCGAUUCUACUCCUCAAAUCUCACCAAGUGAGCGUCCUGAAGCUUUCACUGCUCGGUACUAUCCUGUCGAAUCUGCUUCUUACUACUGGGGCGAGCUUUCUCCUGGGCGGGAUCUAUCGUAUGGAACAAUUCUUCAACGUUAGGGUCGCUCAGAUGGUUAGUAUGCUGUUACUUCUAGCAGUGGCAAGUCUCAUAAUACCCUCUGCUGCCCGGCUUUUGACAAACACCACACCUGAGGGCGUACUGGCGCAGUCUCGGGGUAUUUCAGUCGUAGUUUUAAUAUCCUACCUACUCUGGCUUCUCUUCACACUCAAAUCGCAUAGGUCGCAAUUCGAGGCUCCAUCACAAAAGGUCGCAAAAAGACCAUCGAGAAGAUUACCAGAAGGUGCUGCCAGUCGAAGUAUUGUAGCUGUUGGGGCUGGAACCGCUGCUGCGAGUGGUGGUUCAGUCAAUUUUCGAAGCGUGUUUGCAGCCGUAGAAGGAGACAAUGAUAGCGACGAGGAGCCAUUCGAAGAGUGUUCUUUAUCUCUUCCCGGCGCCAUCGUCACACUAAUAGUCUCAGUUGUUUUGGUCGCUUUCAACACACAGUUUGCUACCGAUAGCAUACAAGCGUUGCUGCAACGUCGCAAGGUGUCACAGACCUUUCUCAGCCUAAUCAUCCUGCCACUACUAAGCAACGAUCCUAUGGCAGUUAAUAUGGCGAUGCAAGACAAAAUGGAUAUCAGCUUAUCACUUGCUCUCGAGCGGUGCAUGCAGACAUGCUUGAUGGUCGUACCACUCACCGUGCUUCUCGCAUGGUGCAUGGGUGUCAAUGAGAUGGAUCUGGAUUUUGACGGGUUUUCAAUAGCGACUCUAUUUGUUUCCAUUAUCAUUGUCACAUACGUUGUACAAGAGGGCAAGUCGAACUGGUGA